AUGAGCUCGUCGCGACAGUGUCUCGACAAGCCCUGCUCAUAUGUGUGGAUGGCCAGCUCGCAUAGUGCAAUGGGAGGAGAUGGGCCGCAGAACAUUGGUACUAGAGGAAUACGAUGCGUGAUGCAGUGGGCCGACCAACAAGCAACAAAGAAAGUCAGGCCCGUCAACUUCUUACAUGUGGGGAGUAUUGAGAAGCAUGUUCCAUAUGACCUCGAUCUCGGCGUUAUUGAGCUUUUCCAACACAGGGAGGGCACCCUCCAGACGAGAAAUGACCCGGAACCACGGAUGACUAUCACAAGUCAUGUUCCAAAUGAAUGGCAGCAGCUCUUCAUGGCCCACAUACUCCAGAGUUGGAACUUCAAGCUCCUACACUUUGCAGCUACCAGGGACAAGCUCUCUGCAUCGAAACAGCAACUCAACACGAUUGGAUCCAUCGUCUCCAGCGCUCCCAUGUCCAGCCGUCCCGGUACUUCGUGUUUCAUGAUGUGGACUCUGCGAACAGAUCCUGACAUGGACACCACUUUCGAGAAAGAUACACGAUCUAGUAGGAGGAGACGGCUCCUGCAAUGCGGGCCAUUUGCCUUCCAUCUUGAGAGCAAAAGUAUUAUAUAUUCCGAUGAGACGAAGAACACAUCCACAAGACACGGAAUGGAAGGGAACCACAAUCUUGCACCUCCAUGGCCAUACGAUCAGAUCUUGAUCGCCUUUAACUGA